GUAUUGUCACAUUCUUCUGAGCAAUGCAGAUCUGUUGAAGGAGUACUACGAGUCUUGGUCUAUCCUGAGAGAUGAAGAAAAAAAUAGUAUGCUGCCCAACAUGGCAGCUGGUUUGAAUUCUAUAUUGUUUGCAAUAAGUAUUGACAAGCCAGACUUGAACAGUGGAGUUACACCCCGGCCAGAAGUUCAUAAAAAUAAAGUGGAACCCAUUAUAGAAACGACAAUACCAGAAAACAAAGACAAACCUAAACAAAAGAAGAAAAAGAAGGUUGCGCGGCAAUUUAUCUCAUUUGAUGAUGAUGACAAUUCACUCUCCACUAGUAUUCCGUCUAGUUCAAGUAGCACUGCAUCGGACACUACAUCCUUAGGAGACAACACAUCUUUCAGAAACAAAUCUGCUAAUCUCAAAGAAAUUGAUGAAGAAAAAUUCAGGUCUUCCAAAAUGGACCAGGAUAAAGAAAAAGAAGAAAGGCAACCUAACCUCGACAGAAAUCUCUCUAUAGAAAGUAGUGGAUCACGAGAAAAAUACUCAAUGGUUUUACCUGAUACUCUUAGGCCAGUGACUAAUUCAGAAAUUGGGGAACUAACACCUAUUUCUGUAGAAAUCAACCAAUAUUUUGACCCAUCUGAUUUGUCUAAUGAUAAUAUUGAAGUACCAGCAGAUAUCAGUGCCCUUCUUACUUCUGUAGAAUACAAAAAUAAAAAGGAAAUAAGUGAAAAGGACGAGAAGAUUAUGUUAUUGAUGAAGGAAAAUGAAGGACUCAAAGAGCAACUGAAAAAGUAUAUGAGUGCUAUACAGAUGUUGAGGAGUGAUGAUCAAAGUAUAGGAGCCUUACUAGAGGAGUUUAAUAUUGAACUAGAGCCUGAUUAUAAGGGGGAAGCAAAGAUGUUUGAGAAGAAAUUAGUUCAGGUAGCCGAAAUGCAUGCAGAACUGAUGGAUUUCAAUGUCAUUCUUCAGCAAAAUCUCCUACAGAAAGAAGCUUUGCUAGAUAAACUAAAAAGUGAACUGGAAAUACUCAGAGGUCCUGUCAUGUCACUGGAUGAAAUAGGUUCAGAUUCAACAGGAAGUGUGAAUGUUUGGAUUCCAUCAGCAUUUCUGACAGGUACUGGAUCAAGUUCUCAUCACGUUUAUCAGAUAUUCCUCAGAGCAGGAUACGAUGAGUGGAAUAUUUAUAGAAGAUAUGCUCAAUUUCAUGCUUUACAUUCCGAUUUAAAGAAGUUAGAUUCUGUUGUAGGAAGUUUCGAUUUUCCACCAAAAAAAAGUAUAGGCAAAAAGGAUUCAGGAUUAGUGGAAGACAGGAGAAAAAGAUUGCAGGUAUAUUUGAGGAAGAUCAUUGCCCACUGGCCUGAAUUAGCACAUUGCAAUAAUAGAUAUUUAUUGGAACAGCAUUUAUCCUUUUUCAAGGACCUACCUGAAGAUCUCCAGAAUAGAAAGAAACAUGUUUCUUCAAGAGUUCACACUGUUUCCCAGUCAAAUAAUCAUUCAGGGCUGUAAUAUUAGUUAUAUUAGAGUUAUAUACUUGUACUUUAAUACCUAUACAAAACUAAAAAAUAUUAAUAUAUGAGUCAUUUAGUUC